CUAAAUUCUAGAUGGCGUUGUGAACUGUAAUGGCGGCCUUUGGGUUUGAUCUCAGGAUUAAACAAUCUUAAUUUUUCUCUUUCGCUCGGACAACAGAUAUAAUAGUUAAUUUUAAGAUGUCAUUGGAGGCUGACACUCAGGCCAGUUCGCGGCGGAAGGCAGUAAAGGUUGCUGUGGCAGCGCUUUGUUACGAAGUUGGAUUUGGAGAAGCUGAAGACAUGGCUGUAGAAACUCUACGAGAGAUGUUACAGAGUUUUUUGACAGAGCUUGGGCGCAGUGCACGAGGAUACACAGAACUGGCUGGGAGAACUGAGUCGAUGCUCAGUGAUGUUGUCAUGGCCUUGGUUGACAUGGGUGUAAAAGUAGAUGCAAUUCCUGCCCAUGCCAAGAGGUUCAACAAAUCCAUCUUUAUUCCACCUACACCAAGUACCCCAAGUCCAACAUUACCCACUCUGCAGACAGGAGAUAAGAAGGCACAUCCAUCUCACAUUCCAGACUUUCUGCCUCCAUUUCCUGAUCCACACACAUACAUCAGAACUUUGACACACAAACAGCCAAGCAAUGAAUACCAGUUGAUCAGAGAGAAAGCCGCAUCACAGAAGAGGGACGUGGAGAGAGCACUCACUCGCUUUAUUGCUAAGACAGGAGAGACACAGAGUUUAUUUUCAGAUGAUAUGGCAGCCUACCCGUUGAUUGCAGUGAAACCAUCCCCCAGGGCAUAUUUGAAUGCUCUCCUCCCGAAGGAUCAGGAUUUGGAUGCUCAGGAGCCGGUGGAGACACAACAAGCUGUAUCUAAACGCCAGAGAGAGGCUAGGGAUGGUCAGUCUGGGCCUGACACACAGACAGACACGCCUGUAGAUUCCACGUCCUUCUCACAGCUACUCUCACAAGAUUCAGUUGACUCUGACACUAUAGAUAAUCCAUACCUCCGUCCUGUCAAAUUUCCUAAGAAGAGACGGCGGUGAUCUUGCACAAUGUCUCAGUGUCAAGAUGUGAUAAUAGAGGCUGGGUCACAGAUUCUAGAUUCAGUGACUUAAUUGGCAAGGCCAAGGGAAGAUUGGAGGAUGGUUCACCAAAUUCUUUUAAUCUGAUGAAAUUUCGAAUUGAAGGCCUUGAAUGUUUAGGACAUUUUCAUCUCUUUUCCUGUUUGGGGCAAAUGCUGCUGUUAAGUGUUUAUAGGUGAAGAAAAUGCCCCUAAAAAUGUGUGAUAAAAUAUUGGAGGCAUGCAUCCCAGCUGCUUUGGUGAACAUUAUAAUGGCUGAAACAGACAAUCUGGAGCCAACACUUUGUUUUCAGCCAUCUGCAUUACAUGUCAGUCCUUUUGUGUGUAUAUUCAUCCAUGUGCUCAUCAAUUUUUGACCACCUAGAAUUAUGAUCAAUGUGAUGGUUGGUUGUUUGGGUGGCACAAUUGGGCCUGGCCUCUAAGACAAUGCACUUUGGAGCAUAGAGUUCCGAGGCAUGCCAGAAGUCCCUGAUGGUAGGUUCGAGUCUUGGUUCGCCCUAAUUAUAUCUCUGUGCCUAUGGGUUUCAACAAACUUGUAAACAUUCUUCUCAUUGGACAGUGUAUUUGUCUGAUAUGAAAGACCGAACCACAAAAUAACAGGAAAUAAAAACACUAAAAUAUUUCAAAUCUAAUGAGGUAAGUUGAAAACCCAACAAAUACAUGCUAUUACAAGACAUACCAUUUUUAUUUACAUAUAUAUUGUUGAUGUACAAACAAAACAAGAUAUUUACAUCAAAUGUAGAAAACAAUUUUGUACUUUGCAUAAGCAACAAUAGAUGAUGAGAUGAAAUGCAGAGAUGAACCAAUGUUUGUAUGAUCAUAAAGACUUGAAACGAU